AUGAAACGACCCAUAAACAUAGAUCUAAAAAGGCUCGUGUACGUUAUGCCAGUCAACGAAGCUGCAAGUUUUGAUGAUACAUGUAGGCGGGUUUUGAAGGAUAAAAAGUUAGAUGAUCGAAGAUUUGACUGCAAAGAUGGAAGAAGUGGUCAAACAGAACCAAAAUCUACAUCAGAAGACAAAUACAGAGCGGCUGAAGAAGACCGAGAUUUGUUCAAAAGAAACUAUACAGAUAAGGAUAAAGAAUGCAAGGAGUCACAUAGACUUGUGACAAAGUUUCUUAGAACUUGUAACGAACAAGAAAAGACAAUCAAAGGAUUGCAAGAAGGUUUUAGUAAAGAUGUUGACGAUAACCAGCAGUCAAAGUUGCAAACCGAGCUUUUGAGGUUAACCGAGGUAGAGCAAUCUUUGAGGAAGGAGCUCUGUUCAAAACUAAGUGAAAGUAUUAAAGAAAGAGCAUGCUAUUCAUCUUUGGAAGCCAAGCAGGGUCAUGAAACAUUACAUAAUGGCUUAAAUAGCCUAUUUAUUGUGGAAUCAGAAAUGAAACUUCAAGGGUUUAAGAGGGAAGCUGAAAGCUUAACACGAUGCUUGCAGACUAUCUCUGAUAUUUUACUUGAGAAGUCGUGUGGCGGGGCUCCGGAUAAAGAAUGUUCUGAGGUUAACUUGAUGGCAAAGUCUGAGUUGAAGUUGGAAGCUUUGAUGACCAGGGCUGAGGUGGUAAAGACUGCUAGAGGAAAUGACAUCCUGACAUGUGAAUUGCAAAAUGCUAUGGACAAUCUUUCUUGCAUUACUCACAAGAAGAAAGAUCUUGAAAUUCAGCUAAUCAAGAAAGAUGAGAGCAUUUAUCGUCUACAAAACGCACUACAAGAUUGCAAAAAGGAACUGGCAAUAGUUAAUGGGAUUUUACCAAAAGUGUCAAAAGAAUGUGACAAUAUGUGGGAGGACUUGAAGAAAUACAGUGAGGAUAACAUGCUCUUGAGUUCUGAAGUUGGAAUGCUGAAAAAGAAGAUAGAGGCUCUGGAUGAAGCUGUAUUGAAGAGAGACGGAGAGAUCACAAUCUUGAAAGAUGCCAUCGAGAAGCCCGGUUUCUAG